UGCCAGACGCAAAACGCAGACGCGCACCCCAAAUAACAAAAAACAAAAACUGCUUCCCCUCUCUCUCUCUCUCUUUCUCUCAGAUCGAUUUUGGGGUUGUGCCGAUCAACGACGGUAAAAUCUCCGCCGUUUAUUUUCAUCGUCGGAGGAUCUCUAUCUCUAUCUAAUCUAAUCUCCUGUGUACGUACGUAUACCCCUUUCGUGUGUUUUUGAUUCCGCCGGAAACCUUAGUUGUUGUUCCUUGGUGAGAUGAGACCCCUUUUGCCUCGUGUGAUUCACAACGAAUCGACUUAGCAUUUCUAGGGAGGAAGAUAAGUAGCUGUUGUUAUACUGCGGUAGAGGACGUACAAGUUGUUGUGUGUGUUUUAAAGUUAAAAAGGAUUAUGGGUUCAGUUUGUUGUGUAGCUGUGAAAGACAGAAAGGUUCCUCCUAGUAGUGGUGGUGGACCUGCGACUAGUGCAUCUGUUCAUCGUAACUCAGCGUGUUCGCCACAGUGGAGUUUCCGGCGUGACAAUAGGAGGCGAGUUGCUGAUGAGAUUGAGGGUUCUCCUUAUUACAGUUCCUUUGUUGGGAGUAGAGGUAUUAGUAUGGAUAAGAUGUCUUUAGGAUCUGAAAGAGGUACUCUUUCCGAGGAGGGAGGAACACCUCCUGAUGGACAUUUAGGCACUCCUGCCUCUCAGAAAUCAGCUACUCCAGAUUUGAGCACUAAUUCUAUGGUUCCACCUUCUUCAGGUUCAUCCUUGGCAAGCAGUGAUCUCAUUGAGGUGAAGAAUUUAAUUGACUCACCUGGAAUUGUCCCAUCAGCUCAACCGAAACCUUUGUUCUCUACACCUUCUCUUCCCAAUCCAGUCGGUGAUCUUUCAUCAGCUCACACUCGUUUGCUUCCUCCUAAAUCUACACCAUCAAGACGGGCUCGGCGUUCCCCUGGGCCCCAGUUGUUUAGGCAGGUUUCUGAUAGUCAAAUUUUAGGAUUGAAAUCCCCAAAUAACAAUUACUCAGUCUCAGAAGGUAGGUCAUCGUUUGUGCUUUCGACCUGUAGCAAUGACUUCGCCACCGGAUCCCAAUACGCAUCCUCUGAAGGUGGCUGGUCUAUGAACACUUUUUCUGAGCUCGUGGCAUAUUCUCAAAGGGAGAGAUGGUCCUUUGAUAGUGACCACUUAGGUUCUGGCAGACGGAAACUUAGUGGUGGCAGCAGCAGAUUCUCCUUCUCCCCUUCCGUUGUUGAUCAGCAGACUUGUGGAGCUUGCUCAAAGUUACUAACUGAGAGGUCUUCUAUUGCCAAUUUCGAGCUUCCAAUUGCUGCUGUUCUUGCGUGUGGUCAUGUUUACCACGCUGAGUGCUUAGAGACCAUGACUACCGAAAUAGAGAAGUACGAUCCUGCCUGCCCCAUAUGCACGAUUGGGGAGAAACGGGUUGCGAAAAUAACGAGGAAAGCCCUAAAAGCGGAGGCGGAAGCGAAGGCUAAGCAGUACAAAAGAUGUAAAAACCGUGUGGUAGAUAGUUACGGUGAGAGUGAAUGUGAUGAGUUUGUGUUCGAGAAAAUGGGGAAACGAGAAGGCAAAGCUCUCAAGCUAGAACCUAGUUGCAGUAGCAAGAGCUCGUCUAAUAAGUCAUUCUUGAAAUGGCACUUCGCUUCUAUCAGCUCCAAGUGGAGUAAACCCUCGUCCAAAGACUCUGCAUUGAAGAAGGGGUUUUGGUCUAGACAUCAUAACAACCGAUCUUCAUCAAGCAUAGAGGGACUUAACCAGACAUCUCAGCUAUGAUGAAACCCCUCGACCUGGAUCAGAGGCAUGUGGGUUAUUUAGGAAAGCUUUGUAAAAAAACAGUAUUAAGCAUCAGUUUCAGCUUUAGCCCUUAGAGCUGUGUUUUUAACGUUUUUUUUGGAUAUUUUGUGUGUUUCAGUGUAACCUGUGGGGAUAAUUUUUAGUAAUGAAACAAACAUGUCAUGUUAGAGAGAUUUGUGAAAUUGCCAGCCAUGAGCCAUUUACAAAAAUUGUAAGAAGGUUUUGUUAAACA